UGCCACAGGUGGACUGGGCAUCGCUAGCCGGCAGCGCCAUGAGCUGCAGCUUGGACGCGGCGAGGAGCUUCUUGAAGCAACUGGAGGCACGGGGAGUCCGGGAGGGGGCGGUCCUCGCCUACGAGUUCAGCGACAUCCGGGCCCGCUCAGCCUCCUGGAAGACAGACAGCGUGUGUUCCACUGAGGCUGGCAGUCGACCAGAAAAUGUGAGGAAGAACCGCUACAAAGAUGUGCUGCCGUCAGUCUGCGAGUGCACCUCGAUGGGAUCCCUGCUAGGUAUGCUGUCCCCUGCUGGCUUUCAUCUGGGAGGCCGCCAAGGCCCCUGUCACCCACAAACUCCACGUUUCUCACCUCUCCCGCUGGCAGACGAUAAGACACGAGUGAUCCUUUCCCUGCUCCAGGAAGAGGGACAUGGAGACUACAUCAAUGGCAACUUCAUCAGGGGCACAGAUGGAAGCCAGGCCUACAUCGCCACGCAAGGACCCCUGCCUCACACCUUGCUAGACUUCUGGCGCCUGAUCUGGGAGUUUGGGGUCAAGGUGAUCCUGAUGGCCUGUCAGGAGAUUGAAAAUGGGCAGAAAAAGUGUGAGCGUUAUUGGGCCCAAGAACAGGAGCCACUGCAGAUUGGGCUUUUCUGCAUCACUCUGACAAGGGAGACAUGGCUGAAUGCAGACAUUACGCUCAGGACUCUUCAGGUCACCUUCCAGAAGGAAUCCCGCUCUGUGUACCAGCUGCAGUAUAUGUCCUGGCCAGACAGAGGGGUCCCUAGCAAUCCCGACCACGUGCUCGCCAUGGUGGAGGAAGCCCGGCGCCUCCAGGGAUCUGGCCCCAGCCCCCUCUGUGUCCACUGCAGCGCGGGCUGUGGGCGAACAGGUGUCCUGUGCACCCUGGAUUAUGUGAGACAGCUGCUUCUGACCCAGAUGAUCCCACCUAACUUCAGCCUCUUCAAUGUGGUCCUCGAGAUUCGGAGGCAGCGGCCUGCAGCCAUACAGACAGAGGAGCAGUACAGGUUCCUGUACCACACAGUGGCUCAGAUGUUCUUCUCAGCGCUCCAAAAUGCCAGCCCUCACUACCAGAACCUCAAGGAGAAUUGUGCCCCACUCUACGAUGAUGCCUUCUCCCUCCGGACUUCCCACACCCUUCCUGCCACAGCCCGCCCAUCCGGCAGGGUUCUCAGGAGCAUCUCGGUACCCGGGCCCCCGGGCCUCGCCAUGGCCGACACGUACGCUGUGGUGCAGAAGCGCGCGGCCCCCGCGGGCACCGGGACAGGGGCGGGCGCGCGGGCGCGCGGCGCGGAGGAGACGCCCCUCUACAGCCAGGUGACGCCGCGCGCCCGGCGGCCCCAGGCGCACGCGGAGGACGGGCGCGGGCCGCUGCCCGGCCGCGUUCCUGUUGACCAAAGCCCAGCAGGGCCUGGCGCCUACGAGGACGUGGUAGAUGGAGCUCAGACUGGUGGGCUAGGCUUCAACCUGCGCAUUGGAAGGCCUAAAGGACCCCGGGACCCGCCUGCCGAGUGGACCCGCGUGUGAGUGCAGCGCCCUUGCCUGCCUGUUGGGUGCCUGGUCCACGUGGGUUCCUGGACUGCUGAGGGCCGUGCUCUACUCUGUGACGUGCUGGGAAUGGGGUUGCUGGGCUGAAUCAAAAUAAAAGUUUCUCAGUGUGGAAAA